AUGGCAUGGCACUGGGGCUUUCCGGGAUCAAUGAUCAACUCUAAGGGCUGUCUUGACUUCAAUCUCUUUGGCCAUGUCACAUCGUUCUACCGAUCGAGAACGCCAGCCUGCCGACAGAGGCGAUUUGAGGUAAUUGUCGGUCAGGCAAGACGGCUUAACUGUGCCGUCUGCUUGUCUGCUGUGCCUCCAUCAUCCACGGCCAAGUCUGAUCCUUCUCCUGGUCAUCUUGCCGAUAACAGCACCGACCACUAUUCUCACUUGAUUAUUCCCGGCGCAAAGAAUGGUAGCCAUAUAUGCCAACUUCGUUCCAAGACUUCUCAAUCACAACUUUCUUGUUCGGAAGACUACCCAAAGGCGGGUUUACUAGCCGCCCGUUACAACAUCAACAGGGAGUACACCUUCCGUAGGAUGGGCGCCAACCCAGAUCCCUCCACAGCCUGCCGCAAGAUCAUCUGUUUUGUAUCCCAAAAUCCAGGUUGUCGGCUGCAGAGCUUACUGAAUCCUUGCUAUCCUGAGAUAUUAGACCCCAACGGCCCCAGCUUGUCCUAG